AUGGCAGCGACAGAAGCUACGGUGGCACGCUUGUCGGACAGAUGGGCAGAUAUUGUUCUGGAAGACGAGGACGCUGGUGUUGAGGCGCCGGUGGACGACGGUGGGGCAGGGGCUGUAGCAGAAUCGUGGAUGUUGGUAGGGCGAUUCUUGACGCAGCGGGUGAUUAAGGUUGAGUACAUGAGACAAGUCAUGGCCUCGGCAUGGAAACCGGUUAGUGGUGUGCAUAUCACGGAGCUUCAACCGAAUCUUUUUCAGUUCGUGUUCCAUCACAGAACGGAUGUCCAGCGAGUAUUGGAUGAGGGGCCGUGGUCCUUUGAGAAUUGUACGCUGUUGUGUAAAGAGGUGAAGAAUGGUCAGUUGCCGGAAGACAUGGUGCUUGAUACUGUUGAGCUAUGGGUGCAGGUGUAUAACCUGCCGGUUGGAUAUAAUACGGUACCGGUGCUAGAACAAACGGGGAAUUUUUUGGGGAAGUUCCUAAAGGUGGAUGAAAGACAGAUCAAGGGGCCUCUAAAAGCGUUCUACCGAGUUAGGGUUUCUAUGCCCGUGGAUAAACCGUUGAAAAGAAGAAUGAAAUUAAUUCGCCGGGACAAGUCAUGGGGAUGGGUGAAUUUCAAGUAUGAAAGGUUGCAUACUUUCUGCUUUUUCUGUGGACUUUUAGGGCAUUUGGAAAAAUUUUGCUUGAAAGCUAGGAACUCGACGAUGACACCUGAGCAAUAUCCGUAUGGUUUAUAG